AUGAUGAUGGUAGGCUCGGAAUGGAGUUUGACAGGGGAUCAUACAUCCCAUAUCUGGCACUCUGACUUACAUUCAGUGAACAUCUUUGUCGAUCCGAAAACCCCGUCGGAAAUCCUCGGAAUCAUCGAUUGGCAAUCUACCGGAUUGGCACCGUUAUACGAUCAUACUAUCCAACCGUACCUUCUUGACUACGACGGUCCGCCUCUUGAUCUGCUUGAACGCCCGGACCUCACCGACAUUCGUUCCCUAUAUCAAGACUAUCCCGCGCCGCUAGGUGAACGCAAAGCCACCUCACUCUACACCAAAAUGUCAUUGGUGUCAUUGUACCGGCAUCUAGUGCACAAGAAAAUGCCGCUUUUGUUCAAAGCUCUCGAGUUUCGUGAAACGGUGUGCUUCCAGUUACUUCUUUUCGCUCGAAACCUUCUUGUUGAUGGUGAGGCGACGUAUUUGGCACUAUCGGUCGAUCAACAGCGGAAGAAUUGGCAGGAUAUCCCCAGAUUCAAUCAUACUGAUGAGAAGUUGCCACUUUGCUUCUCGGAAGAGAUGCUUCAUCAAAUUGAAAAGGAUCAUGAAGGGGCUACAGCUUCGAUUGAACUAAUGAGAGAGAUUCAGGAGAUGAUCGGUCCUAGAUACUUCUAUACAGACGGCAUGGUGACACAUGACGAAUAUGAUGAGGUUAGUAGGAUUAUACCGCGAGUUAAAGAGGAAUUCAUCUGCAAGUAUGCACGUGAUGAAGAUGAAAUUACAGAAUUGGAGGGUGUUUGGUCAUUCGAUUGA